AUGGGUAACGAAGAAUCAAGCAUGGUGGAUGAGUCUGCGCAUCCUUCAGUACUGGAAGCUCGGACCGUCCAAGCCGUAGCCAAGUACAUCAAGGAACACAACGUGAACAAAAUUGUCUUGAUGGUCGGCGCUGGCAUCAGUACUUCAGCUGGCAUCCCAGACUUUCGGUCUCCAGAUACCGGACUCUAUGCUAAUCUCGCCUUUCUUGAUCUUGAAGAGCCAGAGGAUGUCUUUGACAUCAGCUUCUUUCGUGAGAACCCUAAGCCGUUUUAUGCGCUGGCACGUGAACUCUACCCAGGACGCUAUCGCCCAACCAUUGCUCACUGCUUCGUCAAAUUGCUCCACAACAAGGGUCUUCUCUUGAAACAUUUCACACAGAACAUUGACUGUCUUGAGCGUCAAGCUGGCGUACCCGGAGAUAAGAUCAUCGAAGCACAUGGAAGCUUUGCAACCCAGCGAUGCAUCGAGUGCAAGACGCCAUUCCCAGACAACGAGAUGCAAAAGAAAGUCCAAGCUGGGGAGGUGCCGUACUGCAACGAUCCUCAAUGUAAUGGGCUCGUUAAGCCCGAUAUUGUCUUCUUUGGCGAACCCCUGCCAUCGAGCUUUCACGACAGCCGGGACUUGCCCGGGCAGGCUGAUCUCUGUAUUGUGAUGGGCACCAGUCUCUCAGUUCAGCCCUUUGCCAGCCUGCCACAACUCUGCAGUCCAGGAGUUCCCCGUGUGCUGAUCAACAUGGAGCGCAUUGGAGGCCUUGGAUCUCGUCCUGACGACGUUCUCCUCCUGGGGGACUGCGAUGCUGGAGUACGCAAGUUUGCCAAGGCCAUGGGGUGGGAAGAAGAGCUGGAGGCUCUCUGGGAGGAGACCAAUCCAGACCCCCAGGCUCGCGAGGCUGAAAAUGCGCCACUUCCCACACGCGACGAGCGGCUCCGCGAGGAAGUUACUCGACUAACAUCAGAUGUGGACCGCACGCUGCAGCUCACCAAUGCCUAUGAACAGCGCGUGCGCGACCACUUGGGUGAGCCAAAGAGCUCCCAGACCGUCACCAUGUCGAGUUCUUCAGAGGGCACUGAGUCCUCAGAGGGGUUGGCUCAUGUUUUCCCGCAUUUAGCGCCGGAGUCGCGACAGUAA